AUGCUUAUCACCGCGGACAGGGGCACGAUGAGGAAGGAUCGUGAAUCACAGGACAAGCCGAAGGGAGUGAAUGCAACACACAAAUUACGCUUACUAAGACCACGCGCCUACAGAAGUCUAUGCGGAACCAUUGGGAUCUCUCUUUGGCAUGGUCCACCUCGACCUGGGAACAUCAGAUCUCGUGUUGCCACCAGUGUUUCGGCAAGCAUGGUCGGCUUCAUCUGGUCGCAUGGCGACGAACAGAACAUCAAGCAACGCGCACACUCGCCAGCGCCGGCCGAGCACUCGCCCGAGAAGGCGGUCGAGGUAUUCGCGACAGUCGAGCUGAUCGAGGACAUCCUUCUCCGCCUCAAUGCUCUUGACAUUCUUCGCGCCAUGCAAGUGUCCCGCUUCAUGCGAGACACAGUCAUAGGCUCCAGCAAGCUCCUCAAACAUAUCGGCCUCAGCCCGAAUCUCGAGGCCCAUUUCUCUUCGCCCCUCUGGCCUGGGAGUGAAAAGUCCCGCAUCAUCCCGAGAUCCUUACCCGUCCUUUCACGACAUCACUCUUGA